UCGCUCCUCCUCCGCCCACUGCCGCCGCCGCCGCCGGUAAAUACCCACCCGCCCCGCCGCGCGCGCGCGUUUCAUGGGUGCGGGCCGUCCUCGCCGCUGGAAGCUGCCGUUCCACCGCAGCGCGCCGCCGUCGCCGUCCUCCAAGCCACCCUCCCCCCCGCCUCAGCCGGCGCCGGAGCCCCACUCGCCGGCGCGGUCGGCGGCGGCUGCGGUAGAGGAGGAGCCGCCUCCGGCUGAGUUCGCGUGCCCGAUCUUGGGCGCGCUCAUGGCCGACCCCGUGAUCCUUCCGUCGGGGCAGACGUACGAGCGCGCCUGCCUCCAGGCCUGCGCGGAGCUCGCGUUCUUGCCUCCCGGGAUGGGGUCCGCCUCCGACGCGAUGAUACCCAACGCUGCGCUCAGGGCGGCGAUUGGUACCUGGUGCGCGCGCUCCGGGAGGGCGGUGCCGGUGCCGCCGUCGGCUGAGGCUGCUCGGGCGGCCGUGCUCCGCGCGAUGCCGCCGGAUGCGGCGAAGUCCGUGAGGACUCGGCGUGCGGCGCCGGCGAGCUCUUCGAAUUCGUCCUACUCGUCGCCGGCGUCGACGUCCUCGUACACGUCUUCGUCGGAGAUUAUGCCGGCGGACGAGGAGGUUGGUGUGAAGCCCGUGAAGGAGGCGACGAGCAAGGAGGUGGUUCGGGAGCAGGUGGAGACGGCGGUUGACCCUCUCGAGGACGUGGUGGUUGCCAAGGUGAUGGACGCGGACGAGGAAGAGGAGGUGGUGUUGGCCGUUGCCGGCCUCCGGGAGGCCACGCGGGAGAGCGCGGAGCGCCGGCGCGCGCUCUGCACGCCGCGGAUGCUCGCCGCGCUCCGCCGCGUGCUGCUCAUCCCGCGCCACGCCAGCGCUCGUGUCGACGCGACCGCCGCGCUGGUCAACCUCACCCUCGAGCCGGCGAACAAGGUGCGCAUCGUCCGUGCGGGCGCCGUGCCGCCGCUCGUCGAGGUGCUCUGCUCGAGCACGUCACCGCCGGAGGCCCGAGAGCACGCGGCCGGCGCGCUCUUCGGUCUCGCCCUCAACGAGGACAACCGUGCCGCCAUCGGCGUGCUCGGCGCGGUGCCUCCCCUCCUCGACCUGCUCACCUCUCCCGCCCAGCCCGCGCCCGCGCGCCGCGACGCAGGGAUGGCGCUCUACCACCUCUCCCUCGCCGCAGUAAACCAGUCGAAGAUCGCCCGCUUCCCCGGCGCGCCUAAGGCGCUGCUCGCCGUCGCGUCCAGCGCCGCCGAGCGAACGCCCAUCCGGAGGCUGGCCCUCAUGGUCGUCUGCAACGUGGGUGCCUGCACGGAGGGCCGCGCCGCGCUGAUGGACGCGGGCGCCGUGGCGGCCGUCACCGCCAUCCUCUCCCACGACACCCGCGACGCCGAGCUCGACGAGUGGUGCGUCGCGGCGAUGUACGCCAUGAGCCGGGGCAGCCUCCGCUUCCGCGGCCUGGCCCGCGCCGCCGGCGCGGACAAGGCCCUCCGCCGCGUGGCCGAGGAGUGCGCCCCGGGCGUCGUGCGGCGCGACAUGGCCAGGAAGACGCUCCGGGCCAUGCGGAACGAGGCCGACGACGCGGCCGACCUGACCGGCAGCAGCCUCGAGUGCGGCGACGGCGACGACUACGCCGGCAGCAUCGUGUCGGACGGGCUCAUGUCGUUCCGCCGCCGCCAGCGCGAGCUCGGGUCCUCGUCGUGCAGCAACACAGCCGAGUUCUAAACCCACCACAGUGUACUACAACCAUUAGACAACAGUCGAGGUCGACACGUCCUUCGUUUCGAAGAGGAUUGCACCGGUCAUUGCCGGCCGGUCGCCGCCGGCGAGGUCUCGCCAUGUGUUUGUGCUCGAAUGUGUAAAGUUGGCGGACAAGCUGGUGCGGGGUGUAGCUUGCAAGCCAGAGUAUGGCAUUGUUCUGUGUGUACUUUGCAAAAAUUGGGGCAUUGUUCAACAAGGAAGACAGCAUGUGCCUGAAUUUCUGCAUCUGUAAAUAAGAUCAAAUCCUUUUGCUCUGAUCCAAUCCAAUUACACUUGUAGCA